AUGGGCCGGUUGAUCCCCUUGACCAUAGCUUUGCUAGCUCUAGGGUGCGUGGUGCGGGAGACCGCAGGCCUUCCCUGGGAACACGUCCACCGCGCGUUGCUUGAACCGCGCAUCCAAAGCACCGCCGCUGUGAGUUCCCUCAGCAAGCGCGGCUCCACCCUGCCUGAGUGUCCCACCCACCCUCGUGCAGUGAGUCAGGCCUUCAUCAACCAACGUUACAUGCCAGAUAGGCUGCGCAAGGCCAUCGCGAACAUGGACGCCUCGUUCCGCUCGCUGGUUGAAGCGGCGAGCAUCCAGGCGGCGUCGGUGGGCCUCGUAUACGACCAGGAGCUCAUCUGGCAACAGGGCUACGGCCUGGUCGACUCCUCCGACCCCUCCUCGUUAGCCGAUGAGAACACGAUCUACCGCGUGGGGUCCAUCACCAAGCUCAUCACCAAUCUCAUGCUCUUUCAGCUGCGGGACCAGGGCAAGCUCUCGCUGGACGACCCCGUCAGCAAAUAUGUGCCCGAGCUGACGUGGCCGACGCCCUACAAGAACAACCCGGGCAUCACCUGGCGCACUCUCGCCGGCCAGACCAGUGGGCUCACGGGCGCGACGCCAUGCAACUUCUUCACCCUCCUGGAACCGAUUCUGGGCGACGCCUGCGACAUCUCCAACGCCGAGGCCUGGAAGCGAGUCACUGCCGAACAGCCCACGGCGCCUAUGUGGCAGGACCCCCACUACGCCGACGGCGCCUACGCGAUCAUCGGCCGCGCGCUGGAGUCCCUCGUGGGCAUGUCCUACGAGGACUACGUGCACCAGCACAUCUUCAAGCCUCUCGGGAUGGACAGCUCGUACAUGGGCUACAGCGCGUGGUCCGACAUGGCCAAGCGGGUGCCGCCGGGCAAGAUCGGAAACAUCACCUUCCCCUCGUUUGUGUCGCACGUCGACCUCAACUGGGCACGGCCGACCGGAAACGUGUACUCGACGGUGAAGGACCUGGCCAAGCUGGUGUCGCUGUUCAUGGUCGGCCAGGACGAGCGCAAGAACGCGUUGGGCAUCUACUCAAGCACGCUGCGCGAGAUGCUCACUUCGUCGUUCAUCAACGACGAGCAGCGUCAUCUGGCUGUCGAGGAGCUAACUCGGUUCACCACCACGAUCGCCUCCUGCCAGACCACGGCGUAUGGGUACCCGUUCGAGGUCUACCACAGCAGCGCCUUUGGCCAGGGCUUGCCGCCCUACUGGGUUCGCGUCAAGGCCGGCAGCAUGCCGGGCUACUUCACCAUCCUCGUCUUCUUUCCCGAGGUCAAGACUGCAUUGAUUCUGCAGAGCAGCGGUUUCGUGAUGCCGUGGGCGGAGGCGAUUGCCGAAGUGCUGCCGGCCAUCGACCAGAGCCUGCGGGAGCUCCAGCCCCUGCCGACCAACCCAGGCAACCUCACCAGCUACGCUGGGGUCUAUCUGGCCUCCGUUCUCGGCGGAUUAAUGGGAGGCAACGUAACUGUGUUGGUCGAUCAGCCCAACAACCAGCUCGUUCUCUACUUCUCCAUCAGCGGCACGGGCUUGGGCGACUCCGCGUUGGGCGUGAAGCAAGCGGUGUGGGAGUACGGCAACUCGUUCCGGCUGUUGGCGUCCGACCCCACGGCCUCGUGCCUCAACGUCGAGAGCGGGUUCACCAACGUGCUGGUCCACUUCGAGGUCAGCAAGCCCUCCUGGCUUGGUGGCCCCACACGUGUCGUGUCGGUCGAAGUACCCUCCGACCCCUUCUACGGCUGGAACUUCGCCAAGCAGUGA